CCGUACUGGAGUGGGGGCCUUCUGGUUGUUGGCUAUGUUGAAGAGUUUGGCUUGUUUGUUCGGGUCAGUUCAGCCCAGCAACGGUGGAUCCAGCAAAACGAGAUUGUUGGCGGCCCCUUCCAUUUCAGUGGACUUAAGUGUGCAAUUGAAGGAUAUUACUGUGAGAAUAAUGCACGCGGGUGGGCAUGAAGAGUUGUAUCAAACUGAAAUUCCUGCAUCUAAGUUAAUGGAAAAAUAUCCCGGGAUGUGUGUGGCCAGACCAGAAGUUUUCAAAUAUCCCCACGAAUCUCUUUUAUUGGGGGAAGAAAAGUUGUUGCUCGGGCACAAAUAUUAUAUAAUCCCAUUGACAACUGUAAAGAAACUGAAGCGUAAACACUCAGAGAAGCGUAAAGUAAAAGAAUCUACUGAAGGCAAAGAAUUGGUGUUAUACAAGAGGAUUGUUGAUGAUGUAAGUGGAGGUUGUUCAGAGGCACCUAUUCGUUCUGCGAAGGACUUUUAUGUCUCUAGAGAAAGAUGGUCUCGAUGUUUGCCGACAAAAUGUCAAAAAGGGAAGAAGCUAUUUGUACCUCCCAUCCAAAAGCCGGGGAUAAGGAGGGGAUUGGGAUGGGAGCCCAGAUUACCUUCUGUACAGGAGAUAUCUCCAUGACUCCUUUACGUGAUAUCUGAAGGUUCUGAGUUCUUGCAAUGUAUCCCGGUAUGUUUAUCUUUCCAUGCGGUUGUACUGCUUUUGUUUGCAAUUGCUAAAACGAAAGCAACAAAUGAGAUUUGCUCUAAUAAAUGUCUCUAUGUACUCUUUUAAUUGAUAAUUUACUUAUGGCCUUGCCUUUUGGAUUAGAGACCCUGUUCUUUGUUGGA